AUGGGAUUUCAUGUGUUUGAAUCGACUGUGCCACCACCUCCGCUGCCAGACAAUAAAGUAAGACGUGGUUAUUACACACGAAGUGUCCUUUGUGAUGCUGUGAAGCAGGUUAUGCUUGGAGCAAUGACGGUCACUCAGGCUUCUCGUCACUAUAAAAUCCCCCGUACGACCAUCCAGAAACAUUUUAGUAAAGCCCGUGAGCAACACAACCUAAAGGAGAUGUAUAUCCGACGGAUGGAAGCUGCCGAGAAAGGAUUAUUGGGUAGAGUACCUGAUAGCGAUCUUCAAAGGCGACUUUCCGAGCACGGAACGGCAUGUCUUUUAUCACAUGGAGUGGAGAUUUGGCCAAGUAGUUCCGAGGACUCAUCGGCAACCGUUCACUGGCGGCAACAACCUGUGAAAAUCGAUCCGUCUCAAGAAGCCUUCUUUGUUCAAGAUAAUCAUACAUACACGUGCGAAAAUGAGAUAACUGUAGCGGAACAGUGCGAAGUUAGCAGUGGUGAAGGGAGACUUUAUCAAUCAUCAGGUCCUAUUUGUGAGCCAGAGGCAAUGAGAAAGCCAAAUCCAGCUGCCGACGUCACAAGCUUCCAGAGUCGCUCCUCUAAAGCAGCCGUAAAGCCAUUAACUCGUGUUGUGCUGAGAAGAGAAGGCAGUGAAGAAGUUGUAAAAGUGGUUCGUGUGAAUACUCACGGCUUACCCUCGGCUCCUUGA